AUGGCUAGAGAUAGCACUCAGCGGUGCUCAAUAUGCCACCAAGAAAAAACGCGUAUUAAGGCUGGAAUCCAUACUCCCAAGCCUCCUGAGAACCCCUCUAUAAUCCCACCUGUCGAAAAAGAUCUUCCUCACUUUAUAUGUUAUACUACUGCUUCUUCGUUACAUCGUCUCCAGCCCACGGAGAGACCCUCUACGCAUCAAAUUCAUCAUCAAUUUGAAGAGCAUCAAAUAGCAUCUUCAUCUCAAGAACUUCACGCCUCCCCUAUUUAUCAUUAUCGUGGAAUUCAUUCGCAAGAUUCCCCCACUCAUCAAGAAGCACGGCGUCAGCGAGAACGUGAUCGACGCGCACAUCGUGCUGCUAAACGUGCUGGCGAAGAAAUGUCUCCCACUCAGGACUUGGAGAUAUAUCUUGCUGAUCCCCAAAAAGAACAGGAUAUCCUACCAUCUGGUCAACUUUCAUCAUCUACUGAUCCUCUUGCUGCUUUUGGUUCUGAAGUGUUCUCACCUGUUACUCAAAGUACAUCUUUGCCACCAUAUCGAGGACACGGCGCUCGCCCUAGCUUUAGCUCUUCGUCUACGCCGCGCCGACCGCUCCUGUCAAACCACUUUGUAUAUACUGCGUGCCAUAAACUGCGUCAUCAUGCCCGAAAAAUCACUAACAAUGUUGAUAUCUGCCAGUACUGUCAAAACCCAAAACCGCAACAGGCUUUAACUUUACUUCAAUCUGAUCCUCCAUAUACCCCCAGUGAUCUAAAUUGCCUUCCAAAUCCCGCCCUCGCCGAAAGUGAUAUGAUCUUGGUUAAAAGAUUUCAUACUACUCUUGAACAACAUACCACGGAACUCUGUCACCGCUGUGAGGAAAAGUGGUUUAAUAUGAGACUUAAUGCACAUGGUAUUUGUGACCACUAUGUGCGUGUUGAUAGUGGAAAACACAUAUAUCUGUUCUCCGCUAUCAACAAUAUGCAUCCUGGAGAUCUGCCUGACCUUCCCGAGCUUUCACAAACAGAAGAGAUGCUGAUUGCCCGUGUCCAUGUUUGUGUUGAAAUCCAUCGUGUACGUGGUCAGCAAUAUAAAUGGCUUGCUUUUCUUCGCUUGAACCAUCCCGGCUAUCACGACAUCGAGAUUUCACAGGAAGCCAUCCAUACUCUUCCUCAAGACAGUGAUGUGUCUGAUCAGGUUGUCAAUGAAAGGAUUGAGCCUGUUAAGAUUAAUCCUGAUAAUAAUACCAAAGGAGUCGAGUUGCCUGAGCGCAGUGCAGUGCCAGAUAUUUUAGCCCAGGAAGAUGAGCUAACUUCUAUUUCCAUUACUCCAUGGGCAUUUCCUACACUAUUCCCUCGUGGCGAAGCGGAGUUUACCUCUCCUCGCCAACGCACCGUACCCUUUGAGGACUACAUCAAACAUCUGAUGAAGUUCCAUGACGGGCGAUUUGCCAGACAUCCUCGAUUUAGAUAUGUUGUUUUUAACAUAUUGAUGCGCCAACAAGCCAAUUCCAAGGCUGGAUUCUUCGUUAAGCAGCGGACUAUCAGAGGUCAAGAAGUUACUGCAGAUGAUCUUCGCAGUGCCUUUGCAGACAAAUCGAGGGAGGGGGAUGCACUCAUUAGUUCUAUUAUACAGCGUUCCAGUACACUUCGUGGUACACGGCCUUUCUGGACAAAUAAAAAUCAACAAUUGAAAGCCAUGGUUAAGAAUAUUAGUCCUGCUCAUCUCUUUCUCACCUUAUCUGCUGCAGACCUUCAUUGGAAUGACCUUAUGCUUCAUUUGCCUCGCUAUGAAGAUUCCUUCCAGAAAGAAGUUUUGGAUAAGAAGUUCAAUGUCGUUGAUUUUUGGUUUAGAUAUAAGUGGCAGGGGCGAGGCUCCGUGCAUGCAUAUAUCUGCAAUGAAUCCUCAGCCCGGACUGAGGCGCUUUUACAAUAUAUUGCGAAAUAUGUGUCCAAAGCAGAGACAAAGUCUGAUUCAUACAAAGAUAUGAUGAAGAGUCUGCUACCAACAUUGAACCAGAAGAAUCCUUUUCUAUCAAUUGUCAUGAAAAUGAUAAAUCGUCUGAUUGGGGAACAUGAUUGGUCGGCUCAGGAAGUCCUCCAUCUACUGCUCAAUAUUCCUCUCCAGAUUGCCAGUCGUGAUGCAGGGGAUGAUGGUGAAGCUGUCCAGAGAGGACUUUCAGUCUAUGAGAAAUAUAAACGUCGACCUCUACUUUUUGAAGAUAUCACUUAUUUACACUUCCUCCAGCGCUUUGAUUUCAGAAAAGUCAAUAACCCAUAUGAACGUCAACAUGUUCUAGAUAGGGUUCUCAAUUACUUCCCCAUAUACAACGCAGAAAGACAGCAAGAUGAUUACGCUCAUAUUAAGCUGAUGUUGCAUCAUCCAUUCCGACAGAUUACCAAUAUAUUAACAUUGAACGGUAAUACAUUUGACUCUUUUAUUACUGCAUACACAUACUGCCAGGAGGCUUGUAUUCAUGAGAACAAUUAUUAUGGCGAGGUUCUCUCUCAACCUCCAGAAUCAACAUACGAAGACGCUGAAUUUCAAGAUGAUCAGGAUAUACCUUAG